AUGUACAACCCCCAAAAAGAACGGUUGCUCAAAGUGGGCUUGCUCGUCGCUAUUGGCAUCAUCAACGUCAGCGUUUUCUGUAUCUGGGUCCCCACCCGGUUGCAAAUCAGCCAGACCUUUAUUCGGAUCAACAACACCUGGGACAGGAUGGAAAAGGCUAUCUUUGCUGUCAUCGACAUGUCCUUGAACGUGUAUUUUAUCAAGUCCAAGUUGGUCGCGAGUGGGCUGAAGCAGUACGGCAUUGUGUGGAAAUACAAUGUAUUCAUGGUUUUUAUAUCCAUCUCACUCGAUAUCCUAGUGAUUGGUCUCAUGUCUCUGCCAGACGAUGCGGUGCCCACCCCCCCGACAUUCCUCGCCAAGCUCAACAUCGAAAUGAACAUGGUAGAAAUGCUGGGCAAGGUGGUCAAGCAGUCGACCAAGCGGAACACCCCUCUCCCGACCGCAAAAGACAGCAUCAUGUCCCCAGGAGGAGGAGCAGGCGGUAGCGGCGAAGGCGGGAGUGCUGGUGGGGGCCAGAGGCACGAACUCAAUAUGGAUAUAUUGAACAAUCCAAACCUAGGGGCUAACGACUCGGGAGCAUCAACCUCGGGGACCCAGGUCACCCGACCCCGCUCAUCCACCAAAGACCCUCUCGAUGACGAUGGCCCUCUUGCAUCGCCGCUGUCCCCGGAUCGGGUCCAACGAACCCUGUCCAUCCGAAGCCAUCCCCGCAGCUCCGGCCCCGGCUCGCCCAUGAUGCCGCGUUCCCCAGCACAGUCGCCAGCCCCGACCGGGAAGCGGAUAAUAUCCGGCGCGCCCUCUCCCCGACAGGGGCCCAAGGACUUCUCCUACCUCCUCCGACCCGAGAUCUACCACCCGCUCACCCCGCUCGCAGUGCCUCCUCCCUUUCGCAACCCGCGCAACCCCCCGGAGGCCGACACCCCGAUCCCGGACCUGCUCGCCCAGGGCUACUUCCGCGCCGCCGCCAUCGCUGCGGCCCAGACCCUCACAAGCGGCGCGCUGGACCCGACCGACCAUGCCCGCAUCUUCGACCUGUUCUACAUCCGACUCGCCUGCCUGACCCUGGUCGACGCCACCCCACUCGCCGCCCAGGAGGUCAAAGCCCUGGGCGACCUGCACUCGGCCUUUUACUACUGCUCCUCUCCCGCCACGCAAUCCAAGGAUGGCGGGGGCGGCGGAAACAGCAGCAUUACGGGCGGAGAAACCACCCCCGGAACCACGGCCGCCUCGGCUCCUCCUCCUCCUCCUUCUUCCUCCUCCCCUCCAGAGCACGUCGUUCCCUGGCCCCUGCGCCUGCUGGCCGUCCGCCUGCAGGCCCUCGGCUUUGGCGACCCGCGGCGCGCCGUCAUGUCGUACUACGAGCUGGCGCGCGAGGCGCGCGCGCGGCUGGGCGCGGCCCGGGCCCGGCACGACCACUCGGCCUCGGAGGUCUGGCGCGAGCGCCUGGCCGACCUGGGCGUGCGCGUCGCCGGCGCCCUGGUCGAGAUGGACGACCUCGCCGGCGCGCUCGUGCACCUCGGCACGCUGGCGCCCCGCCGCGGAGGCGGCGGCGGCGGCGGCAAUCUCAAGAAGGGAAUGGUGGCGGUCAGGAUGGCGCUGCUCUGGUUGCAGCUCGGGGACGUGGACGCCGCGAGGGCGUGCGUCGGUGCCAACGCGGAUGGCGGCGGCGAUGGCGAUGGCGAUGGCGUCGAGGAGAGGGUGGUGAGCGCGCUGUGCGACGUGGCGGACGGGGAGUACGAGGCGGCGGUGGAAAAGUGGAGGGCCUUGAGGGAGCAGGUGGACGACGAGAUGGUCGGGGUGAAUCUGGCAGUUUGCCUGCUGUAUGUGGGCAAGAUGCAGGAGGGUAGGGAAUUGCUGGAGCAGCUUGUGGACUCCGGCCGGUCCUCGCAUACGCUGCUGUUUAACUUGUCGACCAUGUACGAGCUGUGCACCGAUAGGUCACGGGCUCUCAAGGCGAGGUUGGCGGAGAAGGUUGCUGCCGUGGGAGACCGGACAGGAGGCUGGGAGAAGACGAACGCCGACUUCAAGCUGCAGUAAAACUGCCGGGGCCGGCGAACGAGUCGAAAAGAAGUUGCGAACGAGACGAGCUCCUAACACUAUGAGUCGAGAGUCAUGAAGGCUAAUGAAACAUUCUGGUUGUUCUUGCUGUACCGCUCUUG